AUGAAGGUUUCUGAUGUUGUUUCGAAACUGGAGGUAGAGAUGGCGGAGUCGCAGAACCAGCGCGACAAGCGCGUGGAGGACCUAUGGCAGAAGCUCGAUCCCGCUGGACACGGGGAGCUUGACUACAAGGGGCUGCAAAAGGGGUUACAGAGGAUAGACCACCGUGAGAGCGCUUUACCCCUGGUCUGGGGAUUUUUGGUUCUUGCUUACACAGUUGGGUGCACAGCCAUGAAAAACGCCGAGCAUAUGCUCAAGGAGAUCAUCAAGGCCGUGGACUCGAAUGGGGAUGGAAAGAUUCAGUAUGAAGAAUUUCGAAUUUUCGUCGAGACGGCGGAAAAGCAGCUUAGUCUGCUUUUCAAGGCUAUCGAUCGCGAUCAGGACGGCCGGCUCGACAAGAAGGAGCUGCAGACGGCCUUUCGGCGUGCCGGCCUGUCAGUGCCCUCGAGGAGGUUGGCCAACUUUUUUGACGAAAUAGACAUGAACAACGACGGGUUCAUCAGUUUUGACGAGUGGAGGUACGUUAUUUUUCUAUUGUUAUAUACUUGGUCUUGUUGCUGUUGGCCCCUUUUUUGCCGAUUUCAUGUGCCACCCUUGGACAAGACUGGGGCGACCCACCCACUGUGGAUUUUGCUUUUUCAUUGA